CUCCACUUUCUAACUUCCCAUACACUCUGUCUCGACAUGGCGUAGGGAUUUUGAGGGUCGGAGGGCUGAUAUUGUAGUGGAAAAGGUUAAAAGUGUAUCAUAUAAACGUCUCAAGUUUUUGUUUUGGUGAAUUUGGAAACUUCUAUCGUGGGAAUUGUAAAGUUGUUUCAAAGUUUGGGGUUCAGAGCGAGCAAGGAAGAUGAUGUCAGAUGCCAGCGACAUGUUGGCAGCAGCUCUGGAGCAGAUGGAUGGGAUUAUAGCAGGCUCCAAGGCUCUGGACUACUCCAACGGGCUGUUUGACUGCCAGUCCCCCACCUCUCCCUUCCUGGGCAGUCUGCGUGCCCUCCACCUGCUGGAGGACCUGCGUGGGGUGCUGGACGUGAUGGACACGGAGGAGAGGGAGGGGCUACGCUGCCAGAUACCUGACGCCACGGCUGACAGCCUGGCCGAGUGGCUGCAGGGGCACCUGUCCAAUGGGCACAUGUCCAUGGGGCAACACACCUACCAGGUGCGUCUGUCUAGGCUGGAGAGUGACAAGGAGUCCCUGGUCCUCCAGGUGAGCGUGCUGACAGACCAGGUGGAGGCGCAGGGAGAGAAGAUCAGGGACCUGGACAUGUGCUUAGACGAAAACCGGGAGAAACUCAACGCCACGGAGGAGAUGCUCCAGCAGGAGCUCCUGUGCAGGUCAACGCUGGAGAACCAGAAGAUGGACCUCAUAGCCGAGGUGUCCAACCUCAAGAUGAAGCUGAACUCCUUGGAGAAGGAUAGUCUGGACAUCGAUGACCGGUUCAGGGACAGUGAGGACCUGGUCCUGGAGAUCAACGAGCUGAGAUACAGAGUGACAGAGAUGGAGAACGAAAGACUACAGUAUGAGAAAAAGCUCCGAUCUACAAAGGAGGAGCUGGGUGUACUGAGGAGACAGCUGGAGGAGCGAGCCGGAGACCUGAGGAGGGGCCAGGAUCAGAUGGGCUUCAGAGCUCCUGGAGGUCUGGGCAGCACAGAGAGAGUCUCCCACCCAGACGACACUCUUAAACAGAGGCUGAAAGAGAAACAUGUGGAGGUGCAGAGAAUGAAGAAGGCCGUGGAGUCCCUGAUGGCGGCCAACGAAGAGAAGGAUCGGAAGAUCGAGGAACUGCGGCAGUCUCUCCUGAGAUACAACAAGGUCCAGGACAUGGUGAUGUCCCUGCAGGCCAAGAAAGAGAGAACCGGAGACGGAGAGGGCGAGGAGGCGCUCGACGGCUCCAUCUCUAUGGCGAUGGCCCGCGCGGUUGCCAUGGAGCUGGAGCGGGAGGGGCUGGCGGGUGAGGAGGAAGUGAUCGGAACGAGCCCAGAUGAGCUGGAGAGCCGCCUGACAGUGACGGAAGACCCGUCGCCCAGCCCUCCAGCCAGGCCAGCCUCUGACCCAGACCGGGGGCCAGACCCGGACCCAGCAGGGCCCGACAGGUCCCCUGACGGCACCAGGGCCGGUAGCCAGGACAACCUGGAUGGCAGGAACAGAGAACAGAGGCCUGAGACUCUGCUGUUCCUAAUAAAGAACAAGGCCCGCGAGGAGGUGGCUAAGAUUAGCGACCGGCCUCCCAAGCCCCCCCACUCCUCCCCCUCCUCCCACUCCUCGCCAGGCUCCUCCCCCCGCGCCGCCCCCACAGACGACACAGGAUUCGGGAGCCGGAAGUCCCGCUCCUCCUUCGGCCGGGGCUUCUUCAAGAUCCGGGGGGGCAAGAGGACGGCCAGCGCCCCCAACCUGGCUGAGACGGAGCGCGAGGGCACCGAACAUCUGGACCUGGCGGGCCUGUCCCAGAGGUCGACCACCAGCGACAGCACCCGCACGCUGCCCACCUCCCCCGAGGGGCAGAAGAAGACCAGGGGCAUCAAGAAGCUGUUUGGGAAACUGAGGAGGAGUCAGUCCACGACCUUCAACCUGGACGACAACCUAUCGGAGGGCGAGUUCAGGAGGGGCGGAGUCAGAGCCACAGCAGGCCCCAGACUUGGCUGGUCCAGGGAUCUGCAGAGAAACAAUGAGCUGGAUGCUCCCUUUGCACGGUGGUCGAGGGAGCAGGUGUGUGAUUGGCUGCAGGAGCAGGGCCUGGGCCUGUACCUGAACAUGGCACGCUCCUGGAUCUCGUCAGGCCAGACGCUGCUGCAGGCCUCCCAGCACGACCUGGAGAAGGAGCUGGGAAUCAGGCACACCCUCCACAGGAAGAAGCUGCAGCUGGCUCUGCAGGCUCUGGGUUCCGAGGAAGAAGACGGCAAGGGCCGACUGGACUACAGCUGGGUGACCCGGUGGCUGGAUGACAUCGGCCUGCCUCAGUACAAGACCCAGUUUGACGAGGGCAGGGUGGACGGCCGCGUGCUUCACUACAUGACCGUGGACGACCUGCUGUCCCUGAAGGUGGGCAGUGUUCUCCACCACCUGAGCAUCAAGAGGGCCAUCCAGGUGUUGCGGCUCAACAGCUACGAGCCCAACUGUCUUCGACGCAGGCCUUCCGACGAGAACAACAUCACGCCGGCCGAGGUCUCCCAGUGGACCAACCACCGGGUGAUGGAGUGGCUGAGGUCUGUGGAUCUGGCCGAGUACGCUCCCAACCUGCGGGGCAGCGGCGUGCACGGGGGGCUGAUGGUCCUGGAGCCCAGGUUCAACGUGGAGACCAUGGCCCUGCUGCUCAACAUUCCCCCCAACAAGACGCUGCUGCGCCGGCACCUGGCCACGCACUUCGGCCUGCUGGUGGGCACCGAGGCCCAGCAGAGCAAACAGGAGUGUCUGGAGAACCCAGACUACUCUCUGCUCACCGCCACCGCAAAGGUCAAGCCGAGGAAGCUAACAUUUGGUAGCUUCGGGAGGAAGAGGAAGCAGGAUGAGAACGAGGAGUACGUGUGUCCGAUGGACGUGGAGAUGCCCAAGGAGCGCAGCUUCCAGAAGGGCUUCGGGGUGGAGCUUCAAAUCUACGAGGACGACUUCGACCGCCUCGAUCAGAUGGACGACUCGGAGGGCACCGUGAGGCAGAUCGGAGCCUUCUCAGAGGGAAUCCAAAACCUGACUAGCAUGCUGAAAGAUGACGAGUUCUUCAAAGAGAUCUCCAACUCUCCCUGCCUCAGCUUGACCGAUGAUGACUCCAACGCAUGAGGCCUGCGUCAUCGUCGACGUCGUGACAACCUGUGACCUUGUGCAGCCGUGUCCUUUCCCACCAGCAAAGACUCACACACACACACACAUUUACACACACUGUUACACACACAUACACACUCACAUACUCCUCAAGAACCACCUUGUUUAGCAUUACAUUCUUCGAUGAGCCAAAAAAAAAAGUUUUUAAAAUGUUUCAAGAAAAAGGGCAAAAUAGUGUUGGAGAGAAAGAGAAUUGCCACUGUAGUGUGCCUACCAGCUGGUUACUGGAGACAUUCAGACUGACUGUUCUUAUAGGUGCAUAUGUAUGUGUGGGGUUCAGCGUUUCAAUAGUGUCAUCACCCAUCAGGUGACCAUGGAGCAUCCAAUUUCAACAGAGGAAGAGAUCGUGACAAAAUCUAAUAUAUCUUCUUUUUAUAUGCUUCAAGACUUUCAACCCUGUUGGGCUGAAAAAUAAUUUACUCAAAUGUCAUGUACUGUGCAGAGUUUCUACAGGUAAUAACUUCACUGUAAAGUGAAACCCUUGAAUCGCUGCUAUGUUUUGUGCAUUAUAAAGCCUCUAUUUUAAGUGCAAUGUGUGUAUUUUUCCAACAUAUAUUUCCAUACCGUUAACACUCCCAGUAAUAUUUGCAUGCAUUUGCACCAACACAUACCGCAUAGUAACACACUAUAAUAAUACACACAAAUCGAGUUGCAUCUCAUCGCAUGCUGUUCAAGUCUUUCUCAUUGCCGAAAUGGUCGUUCUUUGUACUCCCGCUCUCCUAACAGAAGAUAGCGACUUGUCAUUUCAUGCUUUUUUUAAAGAUUAAAUGAUUGAAGUCAAGUGGACAGUUGCCAGUUAGUGUGGUUCUUUUCAGAUGACCAUAGUGGCAUGUGUAGAGAUGAAACAAUGCCAGAAUGUCUCAAUGUAAAGAUCCUGUUAUGCAAGUCUCAUGACUGAGCAGAGAAAGGUGUUUUUGUGGUGUGCGUUUCUAAAGGCCAAUAAAGUAAUUUAAUCAGU